AUGACGCGAAGUCUCGACUUAAACGCAAACGAAGAACUUGAUCUUCUAGUGAAGUGGCUCGGGGUGGAAUCAUCGGGCUACGCAAAAAGGCUCCGCUCGGUCCAUGUCGCCAACCCAGAAGCUGGUCUUCGCCUCGUUUGGGAAAGGCUAGAGGAAUGUUACGGCCGACCAGAAGUGAUCGAGGAUUCCCUUUUUAAAAGGGUUGCAAACUUUCCCAGGCUCUCGGAUAAGGACACGCACAAGCUGCGGGAGCUGGGAGACUUACUGCUAGAACUGGAGUGUGCAAAGGCUGAUCCUCACCUCACUGGGCUCAGCUACUUAGAUACUGCCAGAGGGAUAUCGCCCAUUGUGGAAAAGCUACCACCUCGUCUGCAGGAAGCGUGGAUUUCUAAGGGAUCCAGGUACAAGCAAGACCGUGGCGUAGCCUUUCCUCCGUUCGCCUUCUUCGCUGAGUUUGUCCGCGGCCAGGCCAAAAUGAGAAAUGACCCAAGUUUCACGCUCAGUUCUGCGAACGGUGCGGUCCCAAAGCAUGAAGGAAACAGGAAGGCACCCAUUUCGGUUGAUGUCACCGAUGUGGAGCUCGGCUCAGAAACAUCUCCCGAGGCGCGCAAGAAGAUGACGAGCUCGAACAAAUAUUGUCCUUUACGCAAGAAGCCGCACCCUUUGCAAAGGUGUCGAGCAUUUAGGGAAAAACCACUGGAUGAGCGCAAAUCUCUUCUGAAGCAGUUCAGCUUGUGCUUCAAGUGCUGCACGGCUACAGACCAUUUCGCGAAGGACUGUAAGGUCGUUGUCACUUGCGCGGACUGUGGCAGUGGCAAGCACGCUACAGCACUCCACCAGAAGAGUCCUUCCAGCGUGCCUUCCGACUCCAAGCAAGGUGCUAAAAUCGACGAGCCGAACCCUGAACUGCAGUCGCUUAAGGUUUCCUCAACGUGCACAGAAGUAUGUGGACGUGGCUGUGCUGGCAGGUCAUGCUCCAAGAUCUGCUUAGUAGACGUGAGCCACACAAGCGAGCCUCAAACGAAAAUGAGAAUGUAUGCCAUCCUAGAUGAUCAGAGCAACAGAUCCCUGGCUAGAUCAGAAUUCUUCGAUCUCAUCGGGAUGAAUGGUCAAGCUACCGCCUACACACUAAAGACGUGCUCGGGAGUUGAAGAGACUUCGGGGAGAAGAGCUUCUGGUUUCUUUGUUGAGGGUGUCAACGGAGGGGAGAAGUUACCACUCCCAACUCUCAUAGAGUGCAACAAGCUACCAAACAACAGGAGUGAGAUCCCUACGCCCGAGGCAGCACGGAAUCAAGCUCACCUCAAGGCUAUAGCUGAACAAAUCCCCAGCCUUGACCCAAAUGCAGAAAUUCUUCUUCUGCUCGGCAGAGACAUUUUGCGAGUACAUAAAGUCCGCCAGCAACGAAAUGGUCCGACCGAUGCACCAUUUGCCCAAAAGCUCGACCUUGGCUGGGUAAUUGUGGGCGAUGUCUGCAUUGACCGCCAACGCACAUCCGACUACGUGACCAACUUCAAAACAAACAUACUCGUAAACGGUCGCCCUUCUUUCAUAAGGCCUUGCUCCAACCACUCCCGUGUCAAAGAAAACCUUUCCGCUAAGUCAAACAGGACGCGAACUUCCCAACUUGUUCUUCAUUCAUCAUCUACGCGAGACUGCUAUGAUGACGUCGCCGACACGUUAUUCGAGGUGACCAAGGAAGACAACCAACCUUCUCUUUCUAUGGAGGACAGGAAGUUUUUAAAAAUCAUGGACACAGAGUCUUUCAAAAACGAAUCGGGCAACUGGGUAGCGCCCCUCCCUUUCCGUUCCCCGAGACAGCGACUUCCUAACAAGAAACUAGCUCAAACUCGUCUAGUCACCUUGAAACGCACACUUCAGAAGAAAUCAGAAGCAUUGAAAUCUUUCGUGGCCUUCAUGGAAAAAAUGUUCGAAAAUGGCCAUGCGGAAGAAGCUCCGCCCCUUGCUGAAGGAGAAGAGUGCUGGUACCUUCCUAUCUUUGGCGUGUGCCUUCCGCAGAAGCCGGGUGGAACUAGAGUCGUGUUUGAUUCUAGCGCUCAGUAUGAGAACACGUCUUUGAACAGCGUCCUGCUCACCGGCCCAGACUUCACAAAUAAUCUGUUGGGCGUGCUCAUCCGAUUCAGAAAAGACCUCAUCGCGGUGACAGCAGAUAUACAACAGAUGUUUUACUGCUUUAGCGUGCGCGAAGAUCAUAGGAACUACUUGCGCUUCCUGUGGUUCCGCAACAACGACAUCCAAAACGAGGUCGUAGAAUACCGGAUGACGGUGCACGUUUUUGGUAAUAGUCCAUCACCGGCCGUCGCAAACUAUGCUCUUCGGAGGACAGCACGGGAAGGGGAAGAGGAAUUCGGCACGGACGCCAGGCAGUUUGUGGAAAGAGAUUUUUAUGUUGACGAUGGUCUUAAGUCCCUUCCCACGGAGCGAGAAGCCAUCAGCCUGUUGAUACGCACGCAAAACAUGUUGGGAGCUUCGAACCUUAGGCUUCACAAGUUCGCUUCUAACAGCCCUGCGGUGAUGGAGGCGUUUCCAAGGGCAGACCGAGCAAAGGACCUGAAGGAUCUCGACCUGGGCGUCGACGCACCCCCGAUCCAACGCAGUCUGGGAGUCUGCUGGGAUCUGAAAGGAGACGUAUUUACCUUCCGGGUUCCAAAACAAGAGAGACCAUUCACCCGGCGUGGCGUCUUAUCAACCGUGAAUAGCUUGUACGACCCUCUAGGAUUCGCGGCUCCCGUCACCAUCAAGGGAAGGUCUCUUCUCCGCGAGCUUGUCGCAGAGACCUGUGAUUGGGACGCCCCACUUCCUGAUGAGAAGCGAAUGGAGUGGGAAGAGUGGAAGGAUUCCUUGAAGGCGCUUGAGAAUCUCCAUGUGCCUCGUACGUAUGUACCCGCUUCGCUAUCUGCGGUGAGUCGGAGGGAAGCCCACAUCUUUUCGGACGCCUCGAACAAAGCAGUAGCCGCCGUGGCAUACCUGAAGAUCACCGACGACAAUGAACACGUGACUCGAGCAAAGGCAGUCAUUAUCCGUUCAGUGCAGCGCGAGGCAUUCUCCGAAGAAUUAAAAUGCUUAGAUCAGGGGAAGCGCAUCGCAAAAUUGAGCCCACUGCGGAAGCUCGAUCCAUGGGUUGAUCCCAAUGGGCUGCUGAAGAUUGGUGGUCGCCUAAGCAGAUCCCAGUGGAGCCAAGACGAGUCUAAGCCCAUUAUCAUCCCCGGAAACCAUCAUGUGGCCAUGCUCCUUGUAAGGCACUACCACGAGGAAGUGAAGCACCAAGGUCGACACCUCACCGAGGGAGCUAUACGAGCAGCCGGCUUCUGGAUCAUUGGAGCUAAACGACGGAUCUCCUCGUACAUUCAGAAAUGUGUUACGUGCUGCAAGCUGCGGGGAAAGCAACAAGAACAAAAAAAUGGCAGACCUGCCCACAGAGCGGCUCAGCACAGAGCCUCCUUUCACUUACGCGCCAACACUCUGGCACCUGGUCUCUUUGACUGCAAGGAUUUGCACAGACGUCAGUGGCGCCAAGUCCAAUGGCUCGCCGAUUGUUUCUGGAGCCGUUGCGGCGUGACUUUCCUGACCACGCUGCAGAGUCGCCGCAAGUGGCAGUUGCCCAGGCGGAACAGCAGGUGUGGUGACCUAGUGCUUCUCAAGGACAAGAACGUCCACCGCAAUGAGUGGCCUAUG